AUGGAGAAAUUGAAAGAUUUCCUCAGACAGAGAGGGCUGAAGGAAGACAUAAUCCAGAAAAUGGUUGAAGAUAAGCAGGUUGAUGUGGAAAUAAUCCCAUUGCUUGAUGAUAAGAAACUUGCCGAGUACAUCCCAGCAUAUGGAGACCGGGUAGCAGUGGUAACAUUUUGCAAGUGUGAAUCAGGGCCAUCAUGCUCUACUAGUUCACCAAAAGCAGCAAAGCCAUCAAUGGUAGACAACAGAUUAAAAAUUAAGAUCAAGAAAUCUCAGAAGAAAAAUAUUGGUAACAGGAAUGCAGAAAAAGAGGAAAGGAGGGUGGAGAUAGGGUGGAAAGACUUUGAUGUGGCCAGUAUGGAGUACAAGCAGAUUCGAACAUCUAAGGGUGGCAGAACGAGGCAUCUAAAGUUGGGGAAAAAUGCAACAGCCGUUGGAAGAAUCCUUGUGAAAGGAUUCAUAGACCACAAAAUUUUCCCUCUUAGAAUGGCACCAGCUUUCGUCAUUGGCAUGCUAUUUGGUGAAGAUGCAGUCCUGCCUGACACUUUGAUGGAGUCUUUCAAGCUUUACCUAAAUGAUGGAGAUCGAGCUUGUGUUCAGUCUGCACUGUCUGAAAACACAACAGAGGAAGAGCAUGAAGCACUCGUUGACCUCCUUGACCGAGAAGGUGGGCAUACCAUACCAAAAGAAGGGAAAUCAUUAGCACUUAUGUUCCAGUUGGCGCACAAGGUCAUCAUCCAGAACGGGAGCUAUGCGAUGCAGUGUAUGAGGGAAGUUGUGACUCCUCAGUUGUUAAGCAAUCUUCCAACCCCCUCGGUAGUUCUCAGCAUAUACCAAGAGCUCCAACCUACAACAAAGAAAGAAGAGACAAACUCGGUGCGUCUCCUCAUGCAGUACAUUAAGGGGCAAGACAAGAAAGGAUUGAAAAAAUUAAUGCAUUUUCUGACAGGAUCUGAAGUGAUGAGCGUUUCCAAAAUAAUGGUUCAAUUCACGUCUCUAGAAGGUGCAGGCAGGCGACCAGUGGCACAUACAUGUGGGCCUACUCUUGAACUUCCAAGUACCUAUGGAAGUUACCGGGAAUUUCGCCAAGAGUGGGAUUGUAUAUUAGCAUCAGGAUAUAUGAACUUUGAUUUUGGUUAA